AUGAUUCCAGUGAUCCACCUCGUGACUUUCCACGGCUUUUGCCCUUUCCAGUUUCAGGACAUAGUGCUUCUCUACAAGUUGAGUUAUCGGAGGAACAUUGUAACAUUAUUCAUGAGAAGUUGCUGAAGCAGUUUCAGUCAGCCAUUGCGAAAAAGGAACAAGCUGAGACCAGAGCUAAUAAAUUCAGACAGCUUUGUGAGGAAAAAAACAUUAAACCGAACGUUUUCGUUAAAAAUUUGCGAAAACUUCAGCAGGCUAAAAAUGUUGCUCGCAACGCGGAAUUGGAAGCUGAAAAGCUGAAUUCAUUUUUGCAGCAGUUUGAGGAGAGACGCACAUAA